CCUGUGCUGCGUCCGCAGUCUCUGGUCAUCUCCUGUGCUGCGUCCGCAGUCUCUGGUCAUCUCCUGUGCUGCGUCCGCAGUCUCUGGUCAUCUCCUGUGCUGCGUCCACAGUCUCUGAUCAUCUCCUGUGCUGCGUCUGCAGUCUCUGAUCAUCUCCUGAAUAUGCCCACAGUCUCUGGUCAUCUCCUGUACUAUGUCCGCAGUCUCUGGUCAUCUCCUGUAAUGUCUGCAUUCUCUGGUCAUCUCCUGUACUGUCCGCAGUCUCUGGUCAUCUCCUGUACUGUCCGCAGUCUUUGGUCAUCUCCUGAAUAUGCCCGCAGUCUCUGGUCAUCUCCUGUACUGUCCGCAGUCUCUGGUCAUCUCCUGAACUGUCCACAGUCUCUGGUCAUUUCCUGUAGUUAGCCCGCAGUCUCUGGUCAUCCCCUGUACUGUGUCCGCAGUCUCUGGUCAUCUCCU